AGUUUUCUAUUUAGAUUUCAAGACAGAGAAGAGGAAAAGAAUAGAAGCGAAGAUUAUCCUAACAUCCAUCCAUAGCCAUAAAUUUGUUAUUUGAUCAAGCUGAUCUUGACUCUCUGAUAGAAAUAAGUAACAAUGAAGCAUGUCGGUAUGACCCAGAGAUGCAAUUACUCCCCAAUAUUAACCAUAGUAGUUUUUUCAACUUUAUUCUUUGGAUUCUUUUUGUACAGUGAAUACAGGAAAAGGAUUCCACUGCCAGAUUUCAAACACCAAAAGCCCUUCCAGGAAUCCUCCAACACAAGCAAUGUUGAAAUUCAAGAAACAGACAAGGAACACAAUGAUGGAAAAGCUAAGGUAGAGACAAAAGGAGGUACUGAAGAAAAGUUUCAAGGUAGCAAUGAUUCGAACUUAAUCACAGCAGAAGAAAAAAAGGAUGAUGGUGACAACAAAAGGAUUGUUUUCCCACAAGAAGGGUGUGAUAUCUUCAGAGGAGAGUGGGUUUUUGAUAAUGGCACACACCCUUUAUACAAAGAAGAAGAGUGUGAGUUUCUCACCGAGAUGGUGACAUGCCAGAAGAACGGAAGGCCAGAUUCCUUAUACCAGAAAUGGAGAUGGCAGCCCAGGGAUUGCUCUUUGCCCAAGUUUGAUGCAAAAUUGUUGCUGGGGAAACUUCGAGGAAAGAGGCUUAUGUUUGUUGGAGACUCCAUACAUUUUAACCAGAUGCUAUCCCUGGUUUGCAUGGUUCAAUCUGUCAUCCCACCAAAGAAGAAGAGCUUCAGUUAUGCAAGCUAUGCCACUGUCUUUAAAAUGGAGGAAUAUAAUGCUACAAUGGAAUUCUACUGGGCACCAUUUUUGGUUGAGUCCAAUGUAGACCCUCCAACAAGGAGGGAUGGCACAGUGGAUCCUGUGAUCAAGCUUGAAUCAAUCUCAAAGCAUGGAGAUAACUGGAAAAAUGUUGACUACCUCAUCUUCAACACAUAUAUUUGGUGGAGGUACCCGACCAUGAAAGUAUUACGAGGAUCUUUCGAUGAUGGGGUGACAGAUUAUGUCGAAAUCGAUCAGGGUAUAGCAUAUGAGAGAGUUUUGAGGUCAUGGGGCAACUGGCUGGAAGAGAAUGUUGAUUCGAAUCAAACUUCAGUUUUCUUCAGCAGUCUAGCGCCUUCACAUAUGAAGAGCUCUGCCUGGAAUAACACAAGCGGGAUCAAGUGUUCCAAUGAGACAACUCCGAUUCUAAACAUAUCUAGGUCGCUGUAUGUGGGAACAAAUCGUCUGCUUUUCACAAUUGCGGUGAAUGUCAGUCGAUCCCUUGAAGUACCUGUUCACUUCCUCGACAUCACCACCCUUUCCGAAUACAGGAAAGAUGCACAUACCUCUAUUUAUGCAGCACCCGGAGGCAAGUUGCUGACUCAAAAACAAAAGUCUGAUCCAGCAACAUAUGCAGAUUGUGUGCACUGGUGUCUUCCUGGCUUGCCUGAUACAUGGAACGAGUUGCUAUAUACGCUCAUCAUAUCCCAGACUUGACCGAACCCCUAUGAUUUCUCGUUUUCGUCCCCCUUUGUCGGAUGCAAUGAUUGAUUCAAUCCUGGAGGAGAAUCUAUCAGCCUGGUGUCUCAACGCAAAGUAUAGGAGAAUUGAAUUUGAAUCGCUGUUGUUUGGUCCGAACUUGAACCAUGCAAUAUAUGUAAUGUUCAUUGAAGAAACACUACAUGUUAAUGGUACAAAACCAAUAGAGAGAGAGAGAUAGAGAGAGAAUACCACCUAAUUCUUUUAAAUUUAAAUGUUUAGAGGGUUUUUUGUUUGUCCCUAAUUUGAUUGAGAACUUAAAGGAUUAUGCACGACUCCGGCAAGAAA